CCCUUAGUCCCAAAUCCAUACACCCUUUUAUCGCAGAUCCCUGCCUCGGGCUCCCACUUCUCAGUCCUAGAUCUCAAGGAUGCAUUUUCUCUAUCCCUCUGGACCCCUCCUCCCAAGAUUUUUUCACCUUCACCUGGAUGGACCCAUACACAAGACAUUCUGAACAACUCACUUGGACAGUUUUGCCACAAGGUUUCCGAGAUAGUCCCCAUAUUUUUGGACAGGUCCUAGCUCAGGACCUCAAACAGUUUCAUCAUGAUCACUCCGAGUCCACCUUAUUACAAUACGUGGACAAUCUUCUACUCUGCAGUCCCUCGUGGGAACAGUCUCAACUUGACACUGCCUCCCUACUUAACCUUCUAGCUUCCAGAGGUUUCCGGGUAUCCCCCGUCAAGGCUCAAAUCUCUUCCCCUUCUGUCACUUACCUCGGAUUCCUUCUAUCUCAACAAAGAAAGUCCAUUACCUUGGACAGAAAACGACUCCUCUCUGACAUGCCCAUUCCCAAAACCAAGACAGAAAUCCUUUCCUUUCUAGGCCUGGCUGGGUAUUUUAGAGCGUGGAUCCCUAACUUCUCCCUGUUGGCAAGACCCCUAUAUGACCUCAGCAAGGGCCCCCCUGAAGAACCAUUACCCUCCUCACCCCGACACUCCUUCAUUAAGCUCUGUCAAGCCCUUGUGGAAGCCCCAGCUCUCCAUCUUCCUGAUUUGUCGAAGCCCUUCUCAUUAUACAUUCAUGAGAGGUCCAGUCAAGCUCUAGGAGUCCUAGGCCAAUAUUAUGGCCCAUCCUUUGCCCCAGUAGCUUAUCUUUCCAAGCAAUUAGACCCCACAGUUCGGGGACGGGUCCCCUGCCUACGGGCAUUAGCCGCUGGACAGCUCUUGCAGAAGGAAGCUCAUAAACUGACAUUCGGGGCGCCCCUUACCAUUCUGUCCACACAUCACCUAAAAGACCUCUUAACCUACAAAAGUUUACAGACUCUCCCUCCCUCCAGACUCCUGACCUUACUGUCCUCUUUCCUCCAAAAUCCAGACAUUUCUUUCCUCCCCUGCCCGCCCCUAAAUCUGGCCACUCUUCUUCCUCUACCCUACUCUCCUUAUACUCCCUCGCAUGAUUGCCUGGAAGCCCUUCACAACUUCCUUCUGUGCCACUCCACGAUCUCCAAAGGAGCCCUCUCACACUCCAACCUCAUCUGGUUUACUGAUGGGUCCUCCUUUAAACAUGAGGGCACCCACUAUGCAGGAUACGCAGUAGUCUCCCUCAAAGACAUCAUCGAAGCACAAGCCCUACCCCCCGGUACAACCAAUCAACAGGCCAAACUCAUUGCGGCCACCAGAGCUUGUACUCUAGCCCAGGACACGUCUCUCACACUGUACACUGAUUCCAAAUAUGUAUUCCACAUUCUCUUGUCCCAUGCAGCAGUAUGGAAAGAAUGAGGCCUCCUCACCACAAAAGGAAAUUCCAUCACUAAUUCAGCCUUAAUUACCAAACUUAUAGAGGCUUCACAACUCCCACACCGACUGGGCAUAGUCCACUGCA